GGCGGCGACGUGGAGAGCCGCUUUGGCCGCUCUUGCCCGCAGUUGCGGGAAGCGCGGAGCGCCCCUGCUUAGCAGCUUCCGGAGCCGCAGACGCUGGAUGAGCCCGUGGCUCGCAACCGCCUCCCUGCUCGGAGGUGGCACCUUGGUGGGCUCCUACAGAGGAUGGAGCAGGCAGGAGGGGACCGGCGGCUUUUUCCUGGUCCUGGCUCAGAAAGAAGAUGCUGUAGAUGAAGAGAUGGCAGAAAAGCUUUCCAUUCGAAAGCAACGUUUUAUGCAGUUUGCUUCUUUGGAAUAUGAAGGAGAGUAUUACAUGACUCCAAGAGACUUCCUGUUCUCUGUUAUGUUUGACAAAUCGGAGCGUAAAACUUUGGCCAAGAAACUGACAAAAAAGGAAGUGGAUUCUACUCUAGCAAAUGUUGCGAAGGCUAGACCAGGACCAACCUUCUUUAGAGAUCUUGGAGACAGAGGAUUGAUUUCUUACACAGAGUACCUGUUCUUGCUGACAAUACUCACAAAACCACAGACUGGAUUUCAUAUUGCUUUUAAAAUGUUGGAUGCAGAUGGCAAUGAACAAGUAGAGAAAAAAGAAUUCUUUAAGCUUCAGAAAAUAAUUGGAAAGCAAGAUGAGUUUAAAACAGCUUCAGGAGAUGACAUAUUGUCUCAGGAAUCAGAAAUAGAAGCUGCUGAUAUCAACACCAUGUUACUGGUCCAUUUUUUUGGAGAAGGAGGAAAAGAGAAACUUCAGUAUUGUGAAUUCCAAAGAUUUAUGCAGGAUUUACAAGCAGAAGUACAAGAAAUGGAAUUCAAUCAGUUUUCCAAAGGUCUAACCUGCAUGAGAAAGGAAGAUUUUGUAGAGUGGUUGCUGUAUUUCACUGAUGAAGAAAAUAAUGAAGUUUAUUGGCAAAAUGUGAAAGAGAGAAUCCAAGCAGGAGAGAGUAUCAGUAUGGAUGAAUUUAAGACUUUCUGCCAAUUUACAAAUCGUUUAGAAGAUUUUUCAAUUGCCAUGAAAAUGUUUACUGUAGCCAGCCGUCCUGUUAAACGGGCGGAGUUCAAGAGAGCUGUGAAAGUGGCCACAGGACAGGAGCUCUCAGAUAAUGUUUUGGACACCAUCUUCAAGAUCUUUGAUUUAGAUGGAGAUAAUUGCCUCAGCCACGCAGAGUUCCUUGGAGUUCUCAAAAACAGGAUGCAUCGUGGAUUAAGGGUGCCUCAGCAGCAAGGAGUCCAAGGUUACUGGAAAUGUGUGAAAAGAGAAACCAUUAAAGGAGCAAAAGAAGUUUGGAAGCAAACUGGGAAGAGUCCUUUUUAAAUGUAUCCCUCAGAUCAUUUGUUACUCAGCUUUCAAAUUUGCUUUGUUUUUCAUGUAUUUGUUUACAGAUUGGCUAUACUAGGUGACACACAAUCACUGAAAACAAUUAAAUAUCUAACGCAUCCAUUAUUUGAUUUUGAUGGGGUGGGCAUGAAAAGGAAAACAUGUUUUGUAUUUUGGGAUCAUUCAGGGAAGCUGCAGUUUGAUGGAAUCAAAACCCAAAACACUUUUGGUUGUUCCAGAUUUCAGCUGAAACAAAAUCAGGAGGAGCCUUCUGAACCUUGCCCCCCUUACCGUCUUCGACCACGUAGCCCACCUGCUGCUCUUCCCAGCCCUUCCUGUCCUUCCUCACCUCAGCUGCUGAUGUUCUUGGCUUCAAUCAUGGCAUAGCCACCAGCCCAGCCCACCACUCAAAGCAUCUUCCUUUCCUUACUUCCCCUUGGCCGCCACCAUUUCCAGUGUCCUUGGCUUCAAAUGCAGCAUAUGCAAUUGACCCCUCCUAAUCUUUUUAGCACCUUCCUUCUCCUGCCUCCCCUUGGCUACAGCCUACCUCUUCAGCCUUUUCCUGCUCUCUCCCUCCACCCAAAGCAUUUCUCUCAUAAAUAUGCUUGUUUUGGUCCUGAUGCAGACCCCCUGAAACUAGCCCUUCCAUUCAUAAAACAUUUUGCACAUCCCUACAGCAAUAGAAUUUGCUUUAGGACUAUUCUCAAUUGUACACAUGUUCUCACAAAUGGAGGCAUGUGGGAAGACCCACAUUUUUAAGAAUUAAAGGGAAGAAAAGCAUGAAAAAUACAACAGCAGAGUAGAGUUUUUAUUAUGGUCACUGACCAGAAUUGCACAACUCCAGAAUUAUUUGUAAGGGUUGACUCACAUUAAAUCUUAAACCCCACAAUAGUGCUCCCUAAAUACUGAAAUAUUUUAAAGAUUUUGAGCUUUAAAUAUUCAAUAUAAAUUCUGGAUAAGAAAUUAAUAAGCAAAAGUUAUUCUUAGAGCACAGUAUCUUAUAGGCAUUUGAACAUUUUUGUAUUUUUGUUUUUAUUACAUUCUUCAUAUAUUUCUGUAGUUUGUAUCUGUUCUGUUUGCCCAGGAGUUUGCAUCUUUCACUCUAAGCUGGAAAUACAAAAAUGUUUACAUGAACUGGAAGACUGUAAAUUGUGCAAGUGCGUAUAGAUUAGAAGCUCAACACAAUGAAGUCAUUAAAGAAAAUUAAUUUUAGUAGAUAUAGGUACUGUAUAUUGGUUUGUAGCCUUGCUUACUGUCAGGUUCCAUCAGAUUCAUUGUUUAAAUUCCUGCCUGCUUUCCUUGCUUAAUAUAAUAAUUGCUUGGCCUGAGCUAAGCUUGUGGGCAUGUAAUUAAUGAAUAUUAAUAGCAUAUAAUGCUACAUAUAUGAAUUAUAUAUAUACACUCUUCCAGUGUAGUAUAUUGGUUAAAAUGUUGGACUAGGGCCAAGGAAGCCCUCAUUCACAUCACUCAGUUUUAAAGUUUACUGGGCAACUUUGGGCCAAUCACUUUUACUCAAGCCAGCCGAUUUCACAGGAGAGUUGCAAUGUUGUUAAAAUGAGGGGAGAUUCAUCAGCUUGACCUCCUAGAGCAGAGAGAGAGAUAAUGUUAUAACAAUGAUGAAUAAAUAUAUAACAUAAUAUGUAAUGUAAUGGUAAUAUAAAUGUUGAAGUGACUGUUUUUCCCUUAAUAACUGGAUGAUCAACUUUCCUGAGGCUGGUCCAUGAAAAAUUCAUUUUUUAAAAGCAUGCAUCUACAUUCACUAUCUUCUCUGCCUGACCACCACAGAAUAAAGUUUAGUUUUCAAUCAUGGCUGCCUUCAGAGAUUAAAUUAGUCUGUUUUAAAUGAGCAAGGAGUGAGUAAUAUCUAUAUCUCUUUGCUACUAACUAGUGGACGUUUGCAGCCCAGAUAUUGCAGCCUUAGCUUAAUCCUUUUACCCAACAAUUUCUCUAUCCAAAUCACCUCUAAUGGAUUUUCCCCACAAAUAGUAUGAUUGAAAACAUAACUUGAAACUCUUCACCAGAAAUUCUUAGACCUUUAGAUAAUUAGUUCUGUAACAUCAAAUCAUUCUGCUAUAUUUGUUAUCUUAGGAACUCCACUGGGCUCAUUCAGAGAAUGGCCUUUAUUCAGACUGUGGAAAAUAUUUUAGUUAUGGGAACCUUGAAGAGUAAACAGUUCAGUAAUUUAAAUGCAUUAUAGUUAAAUCCUAAAAUCAUUGUUCCUGAACGGUGAAUGUCUUAAAUCAUCUUAAGGGAAUUGGAAGAAAUUAAAGUGGAAUGGCAGCUGAAAUUGAUGCAAAGAAGAACAUUCUUGGAUUCCAUAUAUUAAGAUGUGUCAAAAUUCACAGUAAUGAUAGCCUAUGAUACUAAAACUGCUGAAUUGAACCUUGUGGGACUUUCUUCUAAGUAAACACACAGGAUUAUGUUGAAAGUACAUUGACAAUAACGAUAGUAUCAUAAUACUUCAAUGGAUUUUGCUGAUUUUGUAAUACACACACACACUCCUUUGAAGAAAAAAAUAGCCAGUGAAAAAUUGUACUGACAACUCAAGGAAGCAUGGCUGCAUAGUUACGCUGCUUUAGAUAAAUAAUCCUUUGCCUGUUUACUAGCUUGUUGCUAUGAUCCCAUUUUGUUCUACUAGCAAGAAUAUUAAUGUUAGAACAUCAACAAUAUUUGUAAUUAGGAUAACACACAUCCCAUUGCUAUGCAUUCUCCAGACUGUUAUCAUUUAGUUUUCAUUUUGCACUGUCUAGAGUCUCAGGGUUUAGUACAAUUUGACUGUUGCUUUGGCUACUUCUAAAUAUUGGAAUUGACUCAUAUCCUGAUUUUUUUUACUUCUUUAAAAAAACUUUAUAAUUGUGAUUUAUUUAUCUGCUAAUAAAAAAAUCUUUGGGAACAUUUA